AUGGAUACUUCAACAAUUUCCGAUGAGUUUCCAGUCGGAAAACUCAAGGCAGAGUGCCUUGGUCUUGAGAUACCCGGCAUAAACCAAAGCCUAUGGGACAUGUUUGCUGCGGCUGCAGAAAAACAUUUGAAUGAAGAAGCUCUUUGUUCGCUUUGGCAGCCUUCAGAUCAUCUUAGCUCGAGAUUCGAAAUCGAACAGACAGACCUUGAGACGCAUAUAACACCAAUUACCAAUGAAAAUGGGGUCGAAAUGCUUCGGGAGAAGGCCGAGUCAUUGGCAAUUUGGUUGCAACAACGUGGCUGUACUAAGGGUGACAAUCUUGUAGCUUUCGUUUGGAAUUCAGCGGAAUGGGUCUUGUUUUUGUGGGUUGCCGCGAGGCUCAGAAUGCCAUUUGUACCGUUGGAUCCAAGGAGUUCGGAUAAAGAUAUUAUGCAUUAUCUGAGCCUGGCUCCCCCUCAAGUCUUAGUUGUUUUAGAUCCAGACAUGACCCCGAUUCUUGAAAGUCUCGGAAAUGUCAAAGUUCGGAUAUCACUUUCUAAAGUUUCCGAAGGGAGAAUGAAUUGGCAUUCACUGCAUGGAAUAAUGGGCAAAUUGCCAAUGGAAAACAUUUCAUUUGCUCCUUUGAAUGAUGAUUGUACAGAACUGGGUCAGGAACUUGCUAUGAUCCUCUUCACAAGUGGGACAACUUCAGUUCCAAAGGGAUGCCCUCACACUGCAUCAAACAUCUGGUCUGCAACAUACGACUAUGAUCCUGUUGCCCGAAAAAACGGCUGUCAAAAUAAGUGGCUUAUCCACACACCAGUGUGGCAUAUCUUUGCAAUGGGCCAAGCUAUACGAGGUUGGAGGGAUGGAAGCUCUGUGGUGUUUGCUACCGAGAAGUUCGACGUGUCUGCCUCCUUGCGGGCGCUCCAACAUGAGAAUAUUACACAUGUUGGAGCCGUUCCCCUACUAGUAAAAGCACUUGUCGCACACCCAGAAUUUCCUGGCAAAGAUUCACUGUCUCUAUCGUACGUAACCAUGGGAGGAACAUUGAUAAAAGAUGAAGAUGUUAGGUUCUGCAAGGAGCAUCUUGGUAGCGAGGCAGCCAUUCAAGGCUUUGGUAUGACAGAGGGCUCUCCUAUGGUAAGCUGGAGGCGCGAUGAUCUAAUGCUUAAGAACGGCUAUCAUCUCGGAGUGGGAAAAGUUUUACCAGGUGCUAGACUAAAGAUAUGUUCUCCGAAAUCUAAUGUGCCUCUAAAUAAAGAAGAAGCUGGAGAACUCCACAUUGGCGGGACUUCCGUCAUCGAUGGAUAUUUGAAUGGUAUAGAUUCAGAAUCGUUUUAUACGGAUGACGUUGGGAAGUGGUUUGUUACCGGUGAUCAAGCUAUGAUAGACACAGAUGAUGUCCUCUACAUCAGUGGACGAUAUAAAGACAUCAUCAUUCGUGGAGGUGAGAACUUAGUUCCGUCGAAAAUAGAAUAUUGCCUUCAGGACCUUGGCAUAACCGCUCAAGUGAUUGGCAUCGGGGAUUCCAUAGCCGGUGAGGUUCCCGUCGCAGUCUUACAGUCUUGUCCUAAGGAAGUCACCAAGGCACAUAUCCUUUCCGAUGACUGCGACAGGAAGAUUCGGAAGGUGGAAUUGAAAGAUAUAGUCAAUAAGCAUUUCGCCACAAUCUCAGAAGCGAAAAAAACAAAACCCAGCGAGAAAUUAAUUGCUCAAUUGCGGGGGAUCUGGGCAGAGCUUACGAGCGCAACCUCGGAUGACAUUUCAGUCGAAGACGAUGUAACAAAUUUUGCCGAUAGCAUUACAAGAUUGAGGUUUUGUAAGAUCUUGUGGACCAGACUUGGUCAAAGAUUGUACUUGCCAGAUUUAGAGAAAAACAAUACCAUUGAGCAGCAGAAAAAGCUUCUCAUUGAACGAGGCUAUCAUGGAGACUCAUCUACUUUCCUUUCAGAUGACGUAACCUAUGUUGAGGACCAAUGCAAUCCGACUGCAUCUAAUCAAUCCUGUCAGAAAGUACCACACUCUCAAGGAGAAAAUGCACGCCAAAAUCUUCAUACUUUAGCCGAGACGACUAACGCAGCUUUGCAAAAGUUCGGUCUAACAUGGGAGAAUGACAUAGAAGAUGUUUUGGCAAUAAAAGACACAUUUCAGGAGUUUGCAAAAGGACAAAGACCACAAUCAUAUCGCCACAGAAUAGCAUUCGAAAUCAAGGAUCGCAAUUCUAGCCAGAUCCGUGCAGCAUUAGAGAAAUCUCUUUUGACCAGACCGGUUUUGCGCACAGUUUUAGUCGAAGUUUCGGGUGCGACAGCUGUUCACGCGGUCCUCCGUCCAUCUCAAGCUGUGUACGACAUAUUGAUCUCGCGGAGGAAUCUCUCUCACGAGUCAGAAAUCCAAGAAUAUCUAAUUGAUGAUUCCGACCAAAGCUUUGAAGAUCGAAUGUUCCAAGCUAUAAUUGCAGAUCUUGAGGGCAAGGAUACAUCAGCGUUGAUCUUGACUUUAAAUCAUUCCGUCUUUGAUGCAUUGUUCGCAUAUGGAUGGUAUAGCGAUCUCGAUAUGUUUAUACAAAAUCCAAAAGCAACAGCGACCCCUGGCACGCCCUUUAGACUUUUCGCUGAUCUUUAUCAACAAUACCAAGAUAGCUCACUCGCUCUCUCAGAUGUCAACUUUCAUGUUAGGAGGCUUCGAGGUAUUUCAAGAUUUACCGAGGCUCUAUGGCCACCAAAACGAGCUCCUGGUUGGAUGGUUGGGAAUGACAGCAUAUCGAAAGAUUUCAUCACUCGUAACACCAAAAGAAGGAAGCUUAACAUAAAUUCGCAGCCGAGACCAAGACUUGCUCGAAUGCAGGAUUUCCCUGAUAUUGAGCGGCUUCGGACGCAGUACUUUAUCCAAGCACCAGUCAUCGUUAAAACUGCUAUCUCCAUCUUCAACGUCAUACAAACAGGAAAGCCACAUGCGAUUUUCAAGAACUUCGACGCAGGUCGUAAUUGGCCAUUCCUUCCAGAGUGGAUUGCAGAUCGUCUGCCUUCUGCCAUGAGCAUUGAUGGCCCCACUUUGACUUGGAACAUGAAUAUGAUACAGAUUAAACCAAAAGAAACUUGUGGUGAACUCUUAAAAAGAAUAGGCGAAGAUGAGAAAGCGCUGAGUUCGCACACUCAUGCACCAUGGUUCAAGAUCCUGAGUGGGCUAGGCGAAGACGAGGGGCCUAUUGCGAAAGAGGCUGCGAUGAGACAAGCAUUCAAUUGGGAUUUGAGCUUGAAGUAUCUUGAUUCUAGUGUUAGCGAUUAUUCGACUCUGAAACCUUUGGGAAGAAUGGACUGGCCUGACUGUGGCUUUUUCUGGAACUGUGGUAUGGCAAAUAUGGAACGCUUCUGCUGUGUGGUAUCCUGGGACGAUACGCAAUUAGAUAUCAAUGAAAUCAACGGCUAUGUGAGCAAAUUGCUUGAGAUCAUCGGGUGGAUCACACACCCUAGGAAUUGGAACAAUUCGGUGUCGAGCUUUCAAGGGUUUCCGAUGAUGACGUAAAAGAUGAUUAUUUUGGGAGGAAUAAACUGUGGGUAAGGAAGGGACUGGCCGUCUGCCGAGGAGUUCAAUAUCUUGCUAUAAGUUUUGCGGCGGUGGAAUUACUUGGCCCUAUCCAUGCGUUUUCCAAUAGUCGAUCCUACAUAACUCGGGAGAACGUGGAUGUCUGCGACGAAUUCCCAUUUCAAUGAUUUCAUGCUUGCUGUACAAAGAACUUGAAAAUAGUGGCAUGAGAAUUCCAAGUUCACCUCGAUCCUUUGCGAUGUACUCGCACUGAUUGAGAAUAAGCUCUAUCUUUCCUCCAUAUUCAAUCCUUUGAUAUCUUGAUCGACAAAGCAUCGUCGUUACAGACAAGACGAAAUUCUCCACAAAGUCGGUGCUUCUUGCCAUUUCGAUAGAUGCACAAGUUUAAGGCUGGUGUGCCUAUUCCAUUCCAAGUCCACUUAAUCUGUCGACAAACUUGCGGAAGCUGAAACAAUCACACUCGCCAAUGUGCACGACAUAAGAAUUCAAGAUCUGAUGCGCUCAAGUAUAUGAUUGAUGGCCCCCAGAUACAUUGUAGCUUCAGAUAACCUUGUAGUUUCAUGUCCGAUGUAAUGAAAUAGGCAUUGAACGCGGAAAUACGUCCUUUUCCAACAAACGCAGGAGUCUAAAGUCCGAUUGGGAUACUUUAAUGGGUAUAUCAUAACGGCACCUGGAGCCCACUUUCAGUGUCAUUUAACGAGGCUUGUGGAGAUUAUACUCCGCAAGGCGAGAUCAAAUCCUCAAAAGAGGCGCAAAGGAGAAGAAACGAACGAAAGUGUCUUAGUUGAAGGGUCGAUCAUAUCCAAAGAAGAAAUAGGUUAUCCUUAUAUGUCAUAAACUCUUGAAUAAGAACAUAUGGGGCAUUUGAUGAGUAAUGGUUUCGGCAUGAGAAGAGAUGGAGAGUCGAGAUAUCUGUUUGCGUGUAUUCUAUAUCUUGCAAUAAGAGAUGAAGAGACCAAGGAGAUUCUACUCCUGCUUCACGAAUCACCGCCAAUAUGUGGACUCAGCUCACUCGAUUCAUGAAGAGAAAAUUCAGUCAAGUUGGUAGAAUCGGACCGAAGUCACGUGUAACCAAAUUUAUGAGGAAUUGUACCACACAGAUUAAAGCAAAAAAGCAAAAACAAGCUUCUUAUGAUUUCCUCCCUCAUCCCUAC